CAACUCACUAAAAGUCACCUUUCUUCUUGCAAUCAUGGCUGAUAGUAAUGGAUUCACGGAAGCACCCACUGCGGAGGAACCCGCGAAGACUGCCCCUGAGACUUCGCCGGAAGCCGAAACCCCGGUGGGUGACGAAGUCCAGACCUCCAAUGAAGGCGCUGGCGAGAUUUCUACCAACUACACGGAGGUUCAUGAGACCUUCGACGACUUGAAUCUCCGCGACGAACUCUUGCGUGGUAUCUACGCCUACGGUUUCGAGAAGCCCUCCGCCAUCCAGCAACGGGCCAUUAUGCCCAUGAUCCGAGGCCGCGACACCAUCGCCCAGGCACAGUCUGGUAUGGGAAAGACCGCUACCUUUGUUAUCGGUAUCCUCCAGAACAUUGAUACUCAGGUUCACAAGGUUCAGGCCCUCAUUCUCGCCCCGACUCGCGAGCUUGCCCAGCAGAUCCAAAAGGUCGUCGUUGCACUCGGUGACUACAUGGGGCUCCAUUGCCAUAUUUGCAUUGGAGGUACCAUGGUUAACGAGGAUAUCCGUAUCUUCCAAAAUGAGACCCCUCACGUCGUCGUCGGAACCCCAGGACGUGUCUUUGACAUGAUUCAGCGUCGCGCCCUCGGCACCACCUCCAUUAAGACUUUCUGUCUCGAUGAGGCUGAUGAGAUGCUUUCUCGCGGUUUCAAGGAGCAGAUCUAUGACGUCUUCCAGUUCAUGCCCGCCAGCUGCCAAGUCGGUUUGUUCUCGGCCACCAUGCCCCAGGAUGUGCUCGAGAUGACGGACAAGUUCAUGAGAGAACCGCUCCGGAUUCUUGUCAAGAAGGAUGAGCUUACCCUCGAAGGUAUCAAACAGUUCUACAUCGGUAUCGAGAAGGAGGAAUGGAAGCUCGACACCUUGUGCGAUCUCUAUGAGACGCUAACGAUCACCCAGGCCAUCAUUUACACCAACACGAGGCGCAAGGUCGAAUGGCUCACCCAGAAGAUGGGAGAGAAGGACUUCACCGUUUCUAUGCUUCAUGGAGAAAUGGAGCAGAAGGAGCGUGACACCAUUAUGCGCGAAUUCCGUACUGGUUCCUCUCGAGUACUCGUGACUACCGAUCUCCUCGCCCGUGGUAUUGACGUCCAGCAGGUCUCCCUCGUUAUCAACUAUGAUCUCCCGACAAACCGUGAGAACUACAUUCACAGAAUUGGUCGCUCCGGUCGUUUCGGCCGCAAGGGUGUCGCCAUUAACUUCUUGACUGACACUGAUGUUCGUGUCCUGCGCGAGAUCGAGCAAUUCUACAACACUAACGUCGAAGAGAUGCCCAUGGAUGUGGCUGAUCUGUUCUAGGUUUCGGUUUUUAUCCUAAACCUAUCAAGAGAGAGUUAGAUGAAACGAGAUUUCUUCAUCUACCCACUCGGCUCUUUGCUUGACUCCGCCGUCCCGUCCCAUGUUUGCACUGUUCUCGUUUCUUCUGCUUGUCAAACUUGCAAAGGUACCAUGACUUGUUUUCGUGCUCCUGUGUUCCUUCUCACGCCAGAAGCAGAGAAGGCAUGUGUAUGCGCAAUAGGAUAUCUGCGUGCCAAAACAAAACCAUCCUCUGUGAAUCGAAAAGUGAGUGGCAUUGUUAAGAAGUUCACCGAAAGGGAUGGUAUCCAGUACACCAGCACUGGCACUGCGUGUUUUCCUUGCAGGUCGCAUGGCGGACUCACCCUAAGUGUCGUCCAAAAGCUUUGGCACCACACUCAAUCGCACUCGUUUUUCGCCAGCUCCCUAGAUAUGUUGAGAGCAGCCGAGCUUCGCAAUGGUACAGUCGGAGCCAAGGAAAUAAACAGAUCUAUGACCUUUCACGUAAAUUCUCUGACCGGGACCACGGUACUCUGUGCAGUGUU